AUGUUCUACGGGCCUGAAGGAGGAUGGCCGAUUGAUCCCUAUGCUGCCAUGUAUUACGGAGACCCCCAAGCCUGGAUGGAGUAUGAGGCUUAUUAUGGGCCACCUAAUUUUGGUCCACGGGGAAUGGGUAGAGGUUUUCGUGGACGAGGCAGAGGAAGAGGCCGUGGUGGUUUUGGGGGUGAUCCUCGAGGUUAUAAUUUCGGUGCUCGGAGUCCCAGAGAAUAUUCACGGUCCCGCAGUAGGAGUGGGAGAUCUCGGAGUUGGUCUCGUAAUCUGUCGAGGAGUAGGAGUAGAGGGGAUAGUGUUGAAAUGAGGAACCGGUCCCAUUCUGCAUCUCAAGACCGUGCAGCGCGCCAAAGUAAGCGCCGUCCGAGAUCAAAAGAUAGAUCAUUACAAGGGGAAUCUGGGGAAAAAACGACAUCAGAUGCAGAGACAAGUGAGAAGAAGAAAAAGAAGAAGAAGAAAAAGAAAAAGCAUAAAAAAUUAAAGAAAUCGAAGCGAAGACAAAAAGAUGAAGAUAAUAACAGCGGUGACAAGAAUUCUGAAGAAAUUGGUAAUGAGAUUACAGAAGCAGCCAACAUCUCAGAGGCUAACACUGAGAAAGAAAAACUUGAAGAGGAAAAGGUCGAAAAUGAUGAUCUAGUAAAGAAAAGAGAUGUAGCAAGGUUAGAGAAGAAAAAAGAUCAUACUAAACAUAAAAGUGGAGAAAAAGGUGACAAAGAAGUCACUAAGAAAGUCAAAGAAAAAACAUCUGAUAGUAAAGUCAGAGAAAGUGGUUCAGUUAAGGGAGAUAAGGCUAGAAGUAAAGUUGACAGCAAAACAGUUGAUGAACAACUUAGCAGUUCAGACAGUGAUAAACAUACUAUUAAAGGAGAAAAGAUAAAAGAAGCCAGGACACAGAAAGACAAUUUAGCACGUUAUGGUGAUGGAGAAAAUAAAUAUAAACCAUCUAGCAGCAAAGGUGGUGUAGACAAGUCAAAAAGUAAUGACCCGCUAGUCACAAAACAUAAAGACAGAAGAAGCAGUAGUCAUGAUGAUGCGUCAAAUGUCAAAAGACAAGGAGACAGAGCAACUGACAGUAGGGUUGAUGCCUUAAGAGAUAAAAUGUAUGUUGUCAGUGACAGCAGAGCAAGCAGUCAGCAUAAACAGGACGCUGUAAACAAGCAGAAGAGAGGCAUUAGUUCUGAGUUUGACAAGGAACCAAUAUCUGGCCGAAAGUAUCAGUAUAAUGAAGAAAGGGGUAACUUCAUGUAUGAUAAGAGAGAUGGUUAUAGGGAUAAAGAUAAGAGAGAUGCCGAUGGUGCAAAAGAAGAUAGGAAAGGGGAAAGUAGAGACAGAAAUGUUGGUAAUGUGAACAUUCAUGAAAGAGAAGACAACAGAGGAAGGGAAAAUCAGGAUAGUAUUCGGUACAAGCAGAAAGGUCGGGCACACGGUGACAGAAGUGAAAGUUACGACAGUGCAAGAAGUAAAGAUGGCGCCGGAAGAAACAGUAAAGAUGGUCAGAAAUAUAAAUUGGACAAUGAUGUUGCAGGAAGAGACAAAAGAAGUGAAAGCAGCGACAGAGGACGGAAAAUUACAAUGAUUGAUAACUACAAAGCCAGAAAAGAAAUCACACAGAGGGAUGGCAGAAGUGAACUUCAUCAUGACGGGAAGAAAUCUAGAAUAGAAGGUUAUAAAGUUGGGAGAGAAACCACUUACGGUGAUAGGAGAAGUGAAAGCUAUGAUAGUGAAGAAGGUUGUAAACACAAGGUGGGGAGAGAUGGCCGAGGAGAAAGUAAAAUAAGCCAGAGCCAUGGCAUCCAGGAGAGAAUACAUAAAAUUGAUGGUAGGUAUAAAGACAGAAAAGGGGAUAGUUUGCUUGCGACAAAAGGUAAUAAACUUGACAGUUCCGAUAUUGCACAGAGAAGAAUUUCAAAUGCUUUUAAAAAUAAUGAGAAAGAUAGAAGUAUAGAUACUAAAGACAGAGACAGUGCAGUUAGUGACAUCAAAGAUAGGAAUAAAUUGAGCAGUAAGCAAAAGAUCUCGCAUGUGGAUAACAGAGAAGAAAGUUCAGAGAAAACAGCUGGUGUAAAUAAAGACAUACAUCGUAAGAGACAAAGAAGUACAAGUGGUGAUAAAGUGGACGAUGAUCUUGAUAAAAUUCAGACUAAGAGAAUCGUAAGCAUUACUGGUGGGGGGAAUCAGAAACAAAAGGGCAAAAAUAAGGACAGCGUAAAUGAAGAAAACAAGAAGUUCAAAGACAAAAGUGGUUUUGAGGGAAAGCAAAGUGAGGGACGUGUGAAAAGUGAUCAGAAUAACAUUCAGGGUGGUGAAAAGCCGACUGGGGAUCAAAAAAAUGAAAGAGGGUAG